AUGAGCGACCAAUACCGCCAACUGGUACCAGGCUCCUCCCCCAUCUCUGACGACCAAGAGAACGACGAGCUUGAGCACAGCCCCCCACCCGAAAAAGGGACCUGGAAGAAAAGAGUUUCAACUGCCUGUUUGGCUUGUAAGAAAUCAAAACGAAAGGUCAGCCAGAUCCAUCUCCAGACACCGGCAUCAACAUCUACUUCGAGUCCAAGUCUAACAACGACCAGUGCAGCGCGUCGUCGGGUCGCCGCAAAGCGUACAGCAGACGAACUCUCCUACCACCGCGACUUCCUAGCAGAUGUCUUCAAGCUAGUCCGCGAAGCAAAUGAAUCCCACGCCCUGCACCUCCUAACUAUUAUUCGGCAUAAUGCCCCCGCUGACGAGAUCAGAGCUUACAUCAAUGACACUCUGCACUCGCUCAAUCGCAAUGAUGACACCCCAAAGAAAGAGCAGACGAUCACUAAGCUCGAGGAUAUGCGACAUCUUCUCAAUGUGGAAGGGUCGACGCCUGCAUUCAGAAGAAAGGUCAUGGAUAUCCAUUACCUGUGUGAUGAUGCGCCUUGUACAGUUCCCGCAGAGCCUUGGACGAAUGUGACUGCCGAUGGGGACUUGGUGUCGCAUCUCGUGUCAUUGUAUUUUGCUUGGAAUUGGCCGUUCAGUACAUUCCUCGACAAGGAUGUGUUUCUGAAACACAUGAGGCGCGGCGAGAUUGGAAGUGAGUUUUGUAGUCCGUUUUUGGUCAAUGCGGUAUUGAGCAAUGCUUGCUACUUCUCGGAGUUUUCCGAGGCAUACGUUGUCCCUGGGGAUAUCUCGUCUAAGGGGAGUGACUUUCUGGCUGAGGCAGAGAGACUGAAGAAGGAGGGCUCCUCCCAGCCUAGCUUGGCGGGAUUGCAGGGAGCACUGCUUCUAUAUGAAAGGUCUGUAGCCUGUAUUUGA